UUUACCUGAGCGCAACUAAGUUAUGUGUUUAUAUGACAGUCGUGCUAAGGAAGGAGAAUUAAGUUUGUGUGUAAUGUGAAAUAGUGAAUACGUUCAAGUAAUUCUUAUGUGAGAAGGAUCUUCAGAAUUUGAACAAUAUCAGGUAUGCGUUGGUUUCGCAAACAAGGCAGCGCACCCAAAUUGAUCAGUUUAUCACCUUUAAGAACUGAAUCUGCAAAACUUGAUUUACCUGUUGAUGAAUCAUUAAAGUUAGUCGAAACAACCAAACGCCGAUCUAGAAAAGAUUCUGGUUCUGGGUCGUGGUCUCGAAAUCGCUCAAAAAAUGAGCUUCGCUAUUAUAAUGUGGGUGAAAGUGUAAUUUUUGUGGAAAAAUCGGGAAGACGGAGGCACCACUCGCAGCCCCGGUACGUUACAAAUGGUUUAGAAGAGCAGAAUGCUCGCGAAAAGCGCAACCCUAUAUUAAAUCGGGUCAAACAAACAAAGUUAUCGUGCUUUCGAUCUCCAUCCAACGCGUCUCAAUUAGCGUUACCGUCUGAAUGCCGAAAUACAAACGAGAUUCAAGACAAUGUUCACUAUAGCAAAAAUAAUAGGGGAAGAAGUACUUUCUUCCCGGCGAAACUGCAAGCCAUUUCUUCCAAAUACCUACAGUCUUCAACAAACAAAUUAUUUGUUAAGUUAUGCAAGACAGAUGACGACGCGUUGUCGAAUACGUCUACUAGCAGAGCGGAUUCCAGAACUGCCAAAGAACAUUUAAGAAGUCUAUCGUAUGGUGCGAUACCGGGCAUUAACGAAUUUAAAAAGAAGAAUAAUCCUCUGUAUCAGGAAUAUGACUCAUCACACGACGAAGAAGAUCAAGCAUGUUUAAUCGACAAUGACGAUACAGAUAGCGGUAUAUUAAUGAACGAGUCGGGACUAAUUGCGUUUUCAGAAAAUGAAAGUUUCCGAUGCGGAAGUUCCGCUUCAUCUAGAACUUUAUUGCACUGCGAUGAUGCGAAACAGUAUGAUGGUCUAUUAAAUCACUACAAAGCGGAUAGUUCAACGAAAAGGUCGACCGUUGAAAGUACUUUCGAAGCCGUGAAUUCUAGUUUCGCGCUAGUUAGGUUAAUAAAAAGAGUGCCUUCGGAAGAAAUAGGCAUUACGAUUACUCCCAACCCUGCAGGGAAGGGCUACAUCGUUUCGCAAUUGUUAGCAGGUGGUAUAGCUGCAAGAGAUGGAACUGUGACUAUGGGAGACGAGCUCUUGUACAUUAAUGGGCAGAAAUGUAGCAGUAGGAGUAUAAGUGAAAUUUCCAAUCUUCUGUACAGUCCAUCUUUAGAAGUCGAGUUGUGCAUACGGAGGAGAACGUCUCCAGCAGGAAGCUCUUCGCACAGAAUUCAAGAAAGCUUCGUAGACUACGAACAUUUGAGCGUAUCUAGAUCUCCAACAAGGUGUCGAAUUCCUGAAAGGAAAAUAAGCAGCAAUCUCCCAAGUAGACGCUUAUUUUUCCAAAAGAAUGUCACUCAUCAGAGUACUUCCAAUAAGCUAUUACGCCGUGGGGUUGUUAGUUACGCAGGUCAAAAUAAAAAUAACGAACAAACUUCUUACGUGCCCGAAACCGACACUCACAACCAAAAUAAUUCUAAGGACGUCAGUUACAAUCAAUCCACGCUGGCUGCAAGUAAGGUCGAGGACUUAACUACGAACUUCUGCACUUUGCCUAGACGUCCGCGUUCGGCAGUAUGUUCAUUCCAUACUGUUACACUAGAAAAAGGGUUAGGAAAAAAGGCGCUGGGGUUUACGAUUGUAGGAGGAAGAGAUUCUCCCAAAGGAGCUUUGGGAAUAUUUAUUAAAACAAUACUAGAAAACGGCCAAGCCGCUGAGGAUGGAAGACUGCGAGCAGGCGACGAAAUCUUGGCAGUAAAUGGGCAAGUUUGUCAUGAUAUAUCGCACGCUAAUGCGGUAUCGCUUUUCAAAAGUAUUAAAAGUGGUCGUGUUACGAUGCAUGUUUGUAGACGAUCAAAAUCAAAAACGGUAUCCAAAACAAAAUCCUAUUCGGAUUUACUUAGUACUUCGAAUUGUGACGUUUGACGUUAACAUAAUCUAAGAGUUUGCCAAAUAUUUAUAAAGAAACUAUAUAGGUUUUACCUAUUUUUAUAUAAUGUGAUAUAUUAAAUAUCUGAUAUUGUAACAUA